AUGACUGACACACUCCACCUUGUUACUGGCACCCCUCUGUCUCACGGCUCCCGCACUCGUGACGAACAGUCUAUUCUCGCCGAUUCUAAUCGCGAACAGCUUGACCAGAGACGACGCAAGUUCGCCGACGACAUGGCCCACAAAGCCGUUCACGCCGAGCAGACGGAGUUCUUCGACGCUUUUUUCCCUAAUCCAAAGAAUACAUCCGACACACCCUCUCGGCCUCAACUCCACGAAAACCCUUUCGCGGCAUUGUCUGACGCGGAGAAGCUGAAUGAAGCCGUCGUCCGAGCCGCAUUCACCAAGGCCAUCAACGAUCACGAUCUCGUCCCCGGAUUUAAGCUUCGCGAGUGUGGAGAGCGUCCUGAUCCCUCGACUCUCGAUCCAGAACGCCAGAAGGUCGACGCUGCCUUCUUCCGGAACGAGCAUGCCCCUACCGACGUUCGCCAGAGCUGGGCCGACCAGAUACUACCAGUCGAGUUCAAACGCGACGACGUCUCGGUCGACCCCUUCGACGACGAGAAGGCCAAUAUCAGCACCGAGACCGAGAACCGCAGGAAGGUCCGCGGUCAGAUCAUCAGCUACGCCGAGCUCGUCUACACCGUCCAGCAUCGCGUGGCCCUCUUCAUGCUCGUCGUCGUCGGUGUCAAUGUCCGCUUCGUACGAUUUGAUCGGUCUGGGGCUGUGGUUACGAGGGCCCUCAACUACGUCCACAACUGGGAGAUCUUCUGCGACAUCCUCUGGCGGAUUGGCCAAUGCACUGACACUCAACUCGGCCUCGAUCCCACUGCGACACGCCUCUAUCUCGGCGAGCGCGACUUUGUCCGCAUGAGUAGCUACGCCCGCUCACACGAUGACGACGUCGACGAGAAAGAGCGGGACCUGAAGCCUGGCGAGCUGCCUAAGAAACGGGUCUUCAAGUACGUUCGUGCCAUGUUCAUAGACGCCGUCAGAUCUCCCUGGCCCCGCUACCGUCUAGAGGUACCCGACGGGUCCUCUACUCGCAAGUUUCUUGUCGCGAAACCAACGUUCCGUGCGAGAGGCAUGGCGGGCCGCGGCACCCGUGGUUACGUCGCUUUGGAUUGUGCUACCGGAGAGUUCGUAUGGCUGAAGGACGCCUGGCGCGCUCAAUACCUCCUCGUCGAGAAGGAGGGUGAUGUGUUGAGCAUGCUCAACAAGGCAAACGUCAAGCACGUCCCGACCCUCAUCUGUCACGGUGACAUCGCGGGUCAGGAGACUCUGACCCCCAAGUGGUGGGAAGACAAGCACGCACGAGCUGCCGACCUGGCCUCAUCGCAGUCUGUGGGGCGUGAUUUCUCACUGUCUCCGUCUCCAUCUCCAUCUCCAUCUCCGUCUUCUGGGGCCAUGAAGCGCAAGCAUGAUGAUGAGAGGUCCAAAGACAGUGUCGCGCCGCCGAAGGGAGCCGACGGUGGCACUGGCACUGGUGCAUCAUCGGGGUCUCAGGAUUAA